ACCUCACUCUCUCUCUCUCUCUCUCUCAAAUGGCAGGACCUUCUCUCGCCACUCGUAAACCCCCAACCAUCAAAUUCCUUUGCAGUUACGGUGGUAGGAUACUCCCUCGUUAUACCGAUGGCAAACUCCGUUACUGCGGCGGCGAAACUCGUGUCAUCGCCGUCGACCGCUCCCUCUCUUUCUCCGAAUUGCUGGUGAAACUUGGCGAAAUUUGCGGGACGCCGGCGGUGGCUUUGAGGUGUCAAUUGCCGACCGAGGAUUUAGAUGCGCUUGUUUCGAUCACCUGCGAUGAGGAUCUCGUUAAUCUCAUUGAGGAAUAUGAUCGAAAAGCUAGGGUUCAGUCAUCAUCGAAUCUCAAAAUCAGAGCGUUCCUUACGCUUUCGAAGAAAUCCUCGUCGAUUCCUUCAACCAGUUCCGCCUCUCGAUUUUCUUCCUCCACCACGAUUGAUCUCGAGAUUUCAUCACCGAAAUCUCCUCCUUCAUCCACUUCCAACUCUCCGGCGAGGUUUCCUAUCGCCGCCACGAGUCAUUGCAUCCAGCAGGUAUCGAAACCAUCGAGAAAACUUCCAUUCCGUUACGAUAAAUCUGCCGGAAAGCUUCUGCGUUAUGCAUGUGAGAAUUCAAGCCAGAGUUACCUCGUUCACAACGGCAACCAUUGGCAAUAACAGUCCUGAAUCUGACACCGACUUUAGAUCGGAUAACUUGUGUUCGUGAAGGUAUUUAGAUCAAAUCAGUACAUCAUAAUCGAGGCAAAGAAGAACAAUUCAAUCAAUGAACGAAAAAAAAAGUAAAUUAAGGAGACAUAUAUGUGAUGUAUGGUUAGAUUUCAAAUCGGUCUUUAUAAUGAUCUAAUCGACUUUGGUUGCUCGUCGUUAUCCACCGUUAGGAUUCCGGCAACUGCUGUUGCUCCUCAUCUCCUCAGCAACCUUAGGUUACAAACGAGACCGCUGUGCAGAAUUUGGUUGAGAUUUGUGGAUAUUAUUUCAAUCUUUCCAUUGGUUUGAAGUCUACAAAAAAAAU